AUGCCCUUCGCACAUAUAUCGGAAAAGGGUCCUCUGUCGGUGAAUCAGAUCCUCAGUAACAAGAUGCGGCCUUUCUUGACGAGGCGGAUAUUGAUCGCAUGCACAUCGCUUUUGGUUCUGUCUCUAUUGUUUCAUCAUAGUUAUUAUCUGCGCGAGCACGAUCCAUUAAUAUCCUCCAGAGUCGAUUUAUCGCCUCACCUCGAGCCCGAAGGUGGUAAGAACUACGAGGGACGGGGCCUGUUCAAGCCUCUAUGGAUCGAUGGAUAUGACAAUACUGGGAUACCAGGAGGGGAAUAUCUUGGGCGGAACCUGUCAUGUCCUUCAUUGGCGCAUUCGGCCCAGAUCGGGGUGCAAGAUUCUUUCUUCCUACACGACAACUUCCUUGAGAUUGCCGGGGAGUUGGAUUCGCACCCCAUGAUCGACUAUGUGCCCGCCAUAGCCAAACUGGGCGAUGGCCCGUUUACCUUGGACAAGAUGUUGGAUUCUUCCUGGGAUCGCCUCGCCACAGCUUGCAUCUGGAUGCCUGAUCACAACGUCCAUCUGUGCGUGUCGAGGAUCAUAUUCCACCCGGGUGGCCGCAAAGACCGGUGUCGUAUCAGCUUUCUGAGAGGACAAAUUUACAGCGAAUCCUGGAUACACCUCGAUCGAUACAAGCUGAAAUGGAAAGACCAAGAAAUCACCUUUCCCAAAGUGUUUGACACGGAUACCGAAUUCAAGCUCGGUGGGGCGCUUUACGGUCCUGAAGAUGCACGGAUCAUCAUAGAAGAGGGCGUCGACGACGCCGAACCAGUGGUUGUGUUCAACAUGAUCACAAGUCACUCCGACUGGAAGCGAGCCAUGUGGGUUUUCCGCCCAUUCUCAGAACAGUCCCGCAUCCUCACCGUGCGAGGAACUGAACGGCCGAAGAAAGAAAAGAACUGGGCGCCCUUCUUCGUGAGGGAGCUGGAAGGAGCGUCCAACGCGACGUUGCAACGCCAGCCAAGCACAUACAUUCAUUUCAUCUGGCGAUUCGAGCCGUUGACCGUUCUGAAAUGCCAUCUCUCGACGGGCAUGUGCGAUGUGGUCUUUGAACAGGCCGUCCUACCAGCACUCUCCAGCCAACAUGACGAUCAUGACGGCAGCCUCCGCGGUGGGACACAGCUCGUGCCUAUUCCGCUCUCCAAGCUGAAGAGGGAUUCUCCAUUCGGCUCACCAAACGUCCAAGCCUUUGUUUCCUUUCCCAGGACACAUGUCGAAAAGGCUGGCGGCUGUAGGCAGGCCGUCUAUCGACCAGAGUUGGCCGUGCUGGUCACCAAUACUACCCACUUCUAUCUGACAUAUGCGUCUGAAGCCUUGGACUUCAGUGAGGGCAUCGUCAUGGACGCCGCUGCUCUGGCCGACCCUUGCGGUAAAGGUCGGAUUAUGAUCACCAACAGUAUUGCUCGGUGGGAUCUCAAUGGGCGAGACUCUAACGGCAAGCCAAUGGAUGUCAUGACUUUGAGUCUAUCAGUUGAUGAUGCCACCGUCCAAGUAUUGAUGGUGGCCGGCAUUUGGGACCUCUUACGCGGUUUGCCGUCCCUUGCCACUUAUUUCGAACAAAAGAAGGUGGACACCAUUGAUGGAUUCCCUGCUGUCAGUGAUGUCGGAGACAGCGAAUAUUCGCCGCUCCUUGAACCCUUCGCACCUUACGAACGAGCAAAUGCCGUUGGGUGGGAUGUCCGCGCGUGCCUGGAAGAAUCUGCUCUGAGAUAUGUCAAUGCUCGUGUGGAUUCAGUCAAGCAAGCCCAGGAGAAAGAGAAAGAGCUGCAAAGAAUAAAAGCCGAGCAGGAGAAGAAAAAGGCCGAGGAGGAGAAGAAGAAGGCUGAAGAGGAGAAUAAAAAGGCUGAAGACGACAAGAAAAUGGCCGAAGAAGAGAAGAAGAAGGCCGAGGACGACAAGAAGAAGACCGAAGAAGAGAAUAAAAAGGCUGCCCAACAUGCUGAUGAAGAUAAAAAGAAAGCCGAUGCUAAGAAGGUACAGGAGCAGAAGGCGCUUGAGGAAAAGGUUGCUCAAGAAAAGAAGAAGGCCGAGGACAACAAAAAGGUCGAGGAAGAUCCGAAAAAGGAGCCCGACGAUAAAGCGCAGCAUGUCACCGAUAAAACGCCAGCGGCAUGA